AUGUUACCUCCGGCACUUAACUUGCCUAGGUGGCUUGAGCAAAAUUCCCACCUGCUUCAGCCUCCUAUUAAUAACUACUGCGUGUACCAUCCAUCCUCCCCGGCAACCCAGGGCUAUACCGUCAUGAUUGUAGGAGGCCCAAACGCCAGGACAGACUUCCACAUCAACCCAACGCCGGAAUUUUUCUACCAGUAUCGUGGCUCCAUGCUCCUGAAGACUGUUGACCAGUCUACCACUCCACCGACGUUCCAGGAUAUUCCUAUCCACGAGGGCUCUCUUUUUCUACUGCCAGCUAACACUCCACACUGCCCAGUACGAUUUGCUGAUACUGUGGGCGUGGUUCUGGAAAUUCCUCGAUCUAAAGACGCUAAAGACUGCAUGCGCUGGUACUGUAACAGUUGUCAGAGCAUCGUUUGGGAGAAGCAGUUCCUUUGUACAGAUCUGGGAACUCAAGUUAAAGAAGUGGUUGAGGAAUUUACGGCUGACAAUGAGAAACGAAAAUGCAAGACCUGCGGAUCCCUGAGGACAGUCAAGUAUGAAAUAGGUGAAGUUGUUCAGCCCCCUAGAGUGCCAGAGUAG